GUACCCGCCCGGUCUAUCGGGGAAGAUAUAUGUUGCUCGUUGAACAUUUGAAUCGUCUCUCCUCGCUGCGCACGUUUGUUUGCAUUCUGAACGGCCAGACCACUUCUUAUUAUUCCCGUCCGUUGUAGAGUUCUGACGGUAUUGGACGGUGUCUACGUAUCCAGCCGACGUGUCGCCCUGCCAGUUUGCCCACGAUAAUCCCGAACCAUCUUAUUUAUGCUUGCUAGACCAAUAUCUGUUUGGGCCCAUCACAGCUCACACUGCGUUUCCCUUCUCCCUAUACCCGCGAUACCAACAUCUUCAUUGGGUAGCAGAACACUCUCCGCGAACAGUUGCAGUCGUCGUGGACUGGUGUCUAUAUUCACACAGUCCAACCCUGUCCGGCUACCGAAAUCGAAUGCAAUGACAGCCGUUCUAACUCGCCGCAUGAAGUCCAGCCAAGCGAAAGGCAAAGAACCGGAGAAAGCGAGCGUGACGUCUAACCAUGAUCACCACGAGCAUGAUGAGCAUGGUCGUGAACAACACCCUGGCCACUCUCAUUCCCACUCGCUCUUCGGUUUGGGUCACAAACAUGAACCUGGUGAAGACGGUCAUGUACAGAAUCCGGAGCAGAUUGUUGAAGCUUUGAAGGGUGGAGGUACGUAGUUCACCUCUUGUGAUCGAGGCAGCCGUAUUACCGUCAUUGGUUUGGUGUCGAAUGUCGGCUUGACUGCUGCCAAAGGUGCAGCAGGAUGGUACAUGAAUUCUGCCUCGCUGUUGGCAGAUGCCGGUCAUUCUCUCGGUGACUUGGUGGGAGAUUUCGUCACUCUUAUCUGCUGGAAGCUUUCACGAAUGCCGCCAUCAGAACGAUACCCAUACGGGUUCGGCAAGUUCGAAGUCAUUGGAACGACCACCGUGUCACUGCUUCUGACAGGCGGAGCAAUCGCGUUCGGACUUCAUUCAUUCGGUCUCUUAAUGGAGGCUUUAACUCAUACAGCAGCCGAACUCCCAGCAGGGCCUGUCCACGACUUGCUGGUGAAUGUUACGCAGAUUGGUCAUAGCGUUCCUGCAGUCGCGUCACAGCAUGCCCACGGACAUGCGCUAGACCCGAACGCGGCUUGGUUCGCCGCCAUCAGCAUUGUUGCAAAAGAGUGGCUCUACAGAGCUACCAAGAAAGUUGCAGACCAGGAACGUAGUCCAGUCCUUUUCGCGAACGCGAUUCAUCACCGGAGUGAUGCGUAUUCCAGUAUGGUCGCUCUGGUAGCCAUUCUUGGAACAUGGUACUUCCCUCACCUACCUUUGGAUCCACUAGGCGGUCUACUAGUCUCGUUCUUGAUCAUCCAACAAGGCUGGGGUCUCACCCUCACUGCGUUGCAGCAACUUACAGACGCGGGUGUUUCUGCCAAAACACGAGAAUCUCUAUACCGGACACUCCAGCCCCUUCUCCCCUCCUCUCCUCAUGCCGAUACCCCUUCCAGUGGGCAAAGAGAAUGGCACACAGAAAACCUUCUUGCUGUCAAAGAUCUCCGGGCUAUGCGUGCUGGAGCCCUAAUGUUUGUGGAUCUGGUAGCGGAGGUGCCGAACACUCUUACAGUGGAACAGACCAGUGCGUUGGAAGAGCAGAUCGUGAGGGCGUUGAAGAAGGAAAGGAAGGAGAUCUCAGAAGUGAGGAUCAAGUUUAUGCCUGUUCCGAGGGAUCCUUUGGUUUGAGCUCUGAAGGGCGCUUUGAGUAAGGAGGGAGCAUAUAUAUGUAUGUCUGUAUGUAUUCGUAGCUAUCGGAAUUUAUACACCAGAUCGGAAUAGUGUACAACGGAAACUUGUUCGAUGAGAAGAUGUAGUCCAUGAGUAUGUUUUAAGCACCCUUAAGACCUAGUUUCCCGGUUUCC